GGGAGGUGACAGAAAGAGGCGAGUGCUCUGUGCACAUUCAGAGAAAGUUUAAUUUUGUCUUGGAUACCUGUAGUUCCAGCCGCCUUCGCCCACGAUGGAAACAUUCCACAAUCAGGAGAGCUACAAUCCGGAAGAUGAUUCCUCCGUCAGGGGAGAGUCGAUACUGGAGAACGCUGGAGACAAGGAGCCGAGGGAGAAAGUGGACCUUUCUCAAAAGCCUCCCUACUCUUAUGUGGCGUUAAUAGCGAUGGCCAUCAAGGACAGUCAGGAGAAGCGACUCACUCUCAACGGUAUCUACCAGUACAUAGUGGCCAAGUUCCCUUACUAUGAGAAAAAUAAAAAAGGUUGGCAAAAUAGCAUCAGGCACAACCUGAGCCUCAACGAAUGUUUUGUCAAAAUUCCCCGGGAAGGUGGAGGGGAGCGAAAGGGUAACUACUGGACACUGGACCCCGCUUUCGAAGACAUGUUUGAUAAAGGGAACUACAGGAGGAGGAGAAGGGUCAAGAGGCCGUACAGACCCUCCUCCUCCCCGUUUCUGCCCGCCAAGCCGUGUGUGAAUUACUCGGAGCCGUUUUAUUACCAAACGUCCAAAUAUCUGCAGCCUCCCUUUGCCAGUAACUCGUGGUCCAUGGGGCAAGGACAGAGCACUGCCUCCAUGAGUUACCACCAGUCAGCUAAUGGCAACGUCAGCCCGGUUCAAAUGAAUGGACUCCCCUCAUCCUACAGCCCUUAUUCUCCGAUGCAGAAUUUGCCUUUGGUCCCGGGGCCGGCUAGCCCUUACGCCAGCAUGGGCCAACAGAUGAGUCCGGGGACACACUCAGCGAGCAGUGGAUACCAGCUCUCAUGCGCUCGCCAACGCGAGGUCCCUGUCAUGCACUGUUCCUAUUGGGAAUAUGGACCCAUGACCACCAGAUUAGAUAUGUAACUUGCCAGGACAUUUAAAGUGCAUAUCAUCGCUGACGGUGGUAAGACAUUUUCUUUGAAAAGUGCCAAAAAAUAGAAGCUUGAAUUGUUUGCCUGGUUAUUAAACUAAGGUGCAUUCGCUGGAGAAUAGAAUGGACCCAGCACACACACAGUGAAACAAGACAAGCGUUGAGUAAAAGCUGACUUUGAGCCUGAGUUAUGGAACUUGUUGGUAACCCCCAUGGGAGGGCGGGGAAAGGAGGCGGAAAAAUUCGUGUUUUCAGAGGAAGCAAAAGUAUUGGACUGUUCAAGGGGGAAAGAGCGUUGGUUGAUUGAGUUCGUUAGCAGGGUUUAUUUACUUUUAAAAAGUGCUUAAAUAUUUGAUAUGUUGUAUCUUGUGAGUUUUGAUCUGUUCGUCUUUGGUAAAUCAAAAUGUUCUACAAAAAAGUUUUUUUUAAACUAUUCAAUGUUAAAAACUUUAUCGACGUUCUAACAGAUGAAGGUUUUGGACCAAACUCAAGUGUCGAUGCAUAGCACUUUUGUGUAUUUUUUGUCAAAAUAAAUGUCUUUUUGCAA